GGAAAAACCCCAGCCCUCUCCCACAGAGCCCCGGCCAGUGACAGACACAGAGCAGAGCUGCCUGCAGGCAGAAGCAGAGCCGACUCCACAUCCUCCGCUUCUGCAGCCUCCUGACAGCUAACAGCCCCAUCCCCAGGCUCUGCGAGAUAGGUGCUCCCAGGAGAUAUUCAGGCACUAGCUGGUCCUCAUGUCCGUCAAAGCCAGCCCUGGUUCCAGCCCCACUUUAGCACCCAGCAAUGACUUCGGGGAGAUCCACAACUGGACAGAGCUGUUCCGCCUUUUAAACCACACCUUUUCCGACUGCCACACGGAACUCAACGAGAAUGCCAAGCAAGUAGUCCUCUUCGUCUUCUACCUGGCCAUCUUUGUGGUAGGGUUAGUGGAGAACGUCCUGGUGAUCUGUGUCAACUGGCGCCGUUCGGGCCGGGCGGGGAUGCUGAACUUGUACGUCCUCAACAUAGCCAUCGCCGACCUGGGCAUCGUGCUGUCCCUGCCCGUCUGGAUGCUGGAGGUCAUGCUGGACUACACCUGGCUCUGGGGCAGCUUCUCCUGCCGCUUCACUCACUACUUCUACCUUGCCAACAUGUACAGCAGUGUCUUCUUCCUCACUUGCCUCAGCAUUGACCGCUAUGUCAGUCUCGCCAGCCCCUCUCCCGCCUGGCAGCGCCACCAGCACCGGGUGCGGAGGGCUGUGUGCGCAGGGGUCUGGGUCCUCGCUGCUAUCAUCCCACUGCCUGAGGUGGUCCAUAUCCAGCUGAUGGAUGGCUCAGAGCCCAUGUGCCUCUUCCUAGCACCUUUUGAAACGUACAGCGCGUGGGCCCUGGCGGUGGCCCUGUCUGCUACCAUUCUGGGCUUCCUACUGCCCUUCCCUCUCAUUACGGUCUUCAACAUCCUGACGGCCUGCCGGCUUCGGAGGCAAGGACGGCCGGAGAGCAGGCGACACUCCUUGUUGCUGUGGGCGUACGUAGUCGUCUUUGUCGUCUGCUGGCUGCCCUACCAUGUGACUAUGCUGCUGCUCACUCUGCAUUCGACCCACAUCUUCCUCCACUGCCAUCUGCUCAACCUGCUCUACUUCUUCUACGAAAUCAUCGACUGCUUCUCCAUGCUGCACUGCGUGGCCAACCCCAUCCUCUACAACUUUCUCAGCCCAAGCUUCCGGGGCCGGCUGCUGAGUAUCGUGGUCCGUUACCUUCCCAAGGAGCAGGCCAGGGCAGCGGGCCAUGGGGCUUCCUCCUCCUCCUCCACCCAGCACUCCAUCAUCAUUACUAAGGAGGGCAGCCUGCCCGCUGCAGACCUUCACCCCCAUCCCACACGGAACUCUCAGGCAUCCUCUCCGCCUCCCAACACCUCAUCUACACUCUGCGAUUCCAUAGCCAGCUGAGCUAGAUUCCAGACUCUUCCAUCAGUAACGAAGUUCGGAUCUGGGGGAGGGGACAGGGGAAGACUGGCUUGUUCGGGGUCAAUUUUAAAUAUAUCCAAAUGUCGGUUGUGGGGAGAGGGAGAAGGGUUGGGAAGGAGAGUCUAGGUCCUCCCUUAGUGGCAUGUUAUUUGUUUGGGUCCUCUUGGAGGGAGAGCGUGAAAUAAACAGUAGAGAAAGUC